AUAUGCUGGAUUAUUCAAUAUAGGAACCAGUUAAAAGAUGCAAUUUUGGAAGGAGGAACUCCAUUUAACAAGGCCAAUAGCAUCUCUGUGUACAACUAUGCUUCAACACACCCAAGUUUUAAUGAGUCUUUCAAUACAGCAAUGCUAAAGGGAACCAUCCAAACCAUGAGGGAAUUACUUGAGAAAUAUAAAGGUUUCGAUAAUGCCAAAGUAGUAGUUGAUGUGGGUGGUGGAAUCGGAGCUUCACUUGAAUUAGUCACUUCCAAGUACCCUAACAUUAAGGGCAUUAACUUCGAUUUACCUCAUGUGGUACAAAAUGCACCAGCUUAUCCUGGUGUGCAGCAUAUCGGUGGAGAUAUGUUUGUAAGCGUUCCAAUAGGAGAUCUCAUUUUAGUAAAGGCUGUACUUCACAAUUGGGGUGAUGAUGAUUGCUUGAAGAUAUUGAAAAAUUGCUAUGAAGCAUUACCAGAUCAUGGAAAAGUGGUUGUGAUUGACAGGGUUCUUCCACUAGCUCCAGAGACCACUUUCGAUGCAAAAGCCAUGUUCCAACGAGACAUGUUUAUGUUGGUUAUUGGAGGAAGGGAAAGGACAGAGAGAGAGUUUGAAAUCUUGGCAAAGGGGGCUGGUUUUACUGAUUUUAAAUUAGUUUGUUGUGCUUUUACCCAAUGGGUCAUAGAAUUGUACAAAAACCACUUCUAAGUUUU